CAUUCCUGCCCUGCACUUUCACUUCUACAGCCCGGGACUACAAGUCCCAUGGUGCCUUGCGGCGCAUCCAUCCCACGUGGGGGCCGGCUGGCUGCAGGAACAGAAAGUGCUGUGGGUUGCGUUCACCUUCAGCCUGAUCGUAGACCUGCAGGGGGAGGGGGCGUGCGGCCGACGACAUGAGUGCGGGAUCCCGGGCUGCGGUGGAGGAGAUCGAGCUCAUCAGGGGCCCCUCAGGUCUGGGGUUUAAUAUCGUGGGUGGCACAGACCAACAAUAUGUCUCGCAUGAUAGUGGCAUUUAUGUCAGCAGCAUCAAGGAGAAUGGCGCUGCCGCGGUUGAUGGCAGGCUGCAGGAAGGAGACCGGAUAUUGGAGGUAAAUGGUAUCAAACUAGAAAAUCUAUUGCAUAAGAAGGCCGUGGACCUCUUCAGGAGUUCAGGUGAACAUGUGGUACUAAAAGUUCAACAUCAGAAUCACCUAAAUGGUCCUUUGGGAAGCAGAAGUGAUAGAGACUCUGAAGGGACGUCGCUGACAAUGAUUGUGGUGCCUGUACUUCUCGCUGCUGUGGCUAUCUAUGCAUUUGUUAAAUUCCGGCAACGUUCUGCAAGAUUCUAAAAAGGCCACAGUACGCCUAUACUAAGAGAAUAAACUAAUACAGCUAUACAUACAUUAUGCUAUCUCCCAUCUCCCGAGAUACCUCCUCAGUGUCCGCUGCCUGGAAAUAUAUUUAAUCUCUUGGAGUGAUACAAACCGCAGGAAUAUUUUGAGUACAAUCAUUCUGACAGUAUAUGGUAUUUUGUGUUAGAUAUAAUGUUAUACUUUACUACACAUGGUAUCUGCUCCUGUAAUUUGAAAUAAGUUAUUUUUUUUGUAAAUUUCAAGUCCUUGUAUUCUUUUUCCCAAAUUCAUUUGGGGGAGGGAGCCUUCACAGUAUGUAGUCUCUGUACUACUUAAGCCCCUAAAAAGAACACUAGUACAGACUCAUUUGUGGAUUAGGGCAUUCGUAAGUUGAAGGGGUAUUCCGGCUUUAUACAUCUUAUCCCCUAUCCAAAGCAUAGGAGACAGGGCUCAAGUCCUGCAGGGACGUGUGGGAACUGAGUUCCUGCACUUCUUCCGCAACAGGAACACCUUUCCCAUUAGUAGGAGUCCUGGAGGACCAGCCCUUGAGUGGAAGCGUUCCCACACUUUUUUUUUUUUCCCCCAGGACUUGACCCCUGUUAGGGGAUAAGAUGUAUGAUUGCAGGGGUCCCGCCGCUGGGGACCUCUGCGAUCUCUGUGCACCCCCCGGCAUUCUGUGCCGGGUGCUGCCUCCGAGAUGGGGACAUGA